AGUCUACCUGCCUGACUCAUUCAUGGAAAGGAGCAGCGGUUGCUAUUGGAGGAAGUGGGUGCAAGGACGGCAGAUGCCAUCCCUAAGAGGUGGUGACUGAGACUAGAUGCGGGUGCAGGAACUCAGAGUGGUUUUCCAGAUGGGAAUCACAUUGCUCUCUGUCCCUGAGAUCUUGCUGGAGACAGGGCUACUCAGUCCCUCUUUGCUGGAUUGAUAUUGGAAAAGCAGUUUCUAUUGAGCCCCCAAAUGAAGAGUGAGUGCAGAUGAAGAGGAGGCAGGACUCACAAGCCCUUGACCUUCAUUCCAGACCCAUUAGCAUCUACAGGACCCUGCACCGGGAUUUCAUCUGCACUGUCAGCUUCUUCAAAGAGAGAGAGGUUGUUGAAUUGAUAUUGGAAAAGCAGUUUCCCAUUGCGUCUCAAAUGAAAAGAGAGUGCAGAUGAAGAGGAGGUAGGAGUCACAAGCCCUUGACCUUCAUACUAGACCCAUUACCACCUACAGUACCUUGCAGUGGGAUUUCAUCUGCACCAUCAGCUUCUUCAAAGAGAGAGAGGUUGUUGACUCUUCAUGUGGAUGUCUGAGCUCCUAUCAGGUGUCUGAAAGAGGCAGAUUCUGAGGAUUUGGGUCAUGAUGGCUGCCAAAGCUUCUACGCCUGACUUAAAGGGCAACAAUCCUAGGAGACCACCAGCACUUACAUCCCUGGUAGGACAUGACACCUGCUUAUGGCCCAGAAGUGACAAAAGAGAAUUAUCAGGAUGGCAGUCCUUAUAACCAGAUGCUUAUGAACAUUCUUCACUACAUUCUGAAGAUGAAUUUCUACAAGGGAAAUUGUUUAUUUAACCUCAGAGACCUGGUAAUCCAUAUGACCCCACAGCUAUGCCUCAUGGCCCAAAGGGCAGGAUUUCAUCUCCACCAUCCUCUUCCUCAAUGUGAAGGGCUGUUGAGACUCUGUGUCAAACCAAGGUGUUCCAGGCAAAACGCCAGCUGAGCUCCCAGAAGUUACCAGUACCAGUCAUCAUCCAUAGAAGGGUGUGGACUCUGCAUCCCAGAACCAGGAGCUGACAGAGAAGAACCAAGUGUGAUGUGGAGUCUGCUAGACAGGUUGCUGGAGCAAGAGUGAAAAGAUCAGGGUUCCAUCAUUGGGACACUUUAGGGAGGCAGCAGAUGGCUGAAAUUCUGUCGCAAUGUGGCUGGUUAAUGCACGAUCUGAAAACCCCUGCACUGGUGAUUUUGGGACAGAUCUAGAAUAUACCAAUAAAUAUAUUAACAUACCAGGUAGUCCAGGAGCAGCCACUGGGCAAACACCAUACCUUGCAUCCCUGGUGCUGUCUCUGAGCUCAACAGACACGUCUUUGCAGAAGAGUUCUAUAAUGGUGGUACAAUGGCGCCCCCCUCAUGACAGAAGCUUGAACUACAGCUUGAACAUCGGUACUUUCUGAUCUCCUAUUUUCAUCCUAGUGUGACAUGGUGAAUGAAUUUAUUGAGCCCCAGAAAGAAGGAAUAUUAAAGAAGAGCAAAGAAUAAUAGCUGGACAGAAGAUGGGGGUCAUUGAACCUGUAUCCUAGUUGUCAGACCUGUAAAGUGACCACAGGACCUGGAGGAGGCAGCAGAUGACCGAAAACCUGAAGUGAUGUGGCUGAGUACUGCAUGAUCUGAAGACUCUGCACUGGUGACUGCGAAAAAUAGGCCCGGCACCGCCUCUGCGUGCAACCCUGCUGGUCUGGCCCAGGCGCGGGGCGGGGCCAGCAUGAUGAGCGCCCCAGGCAGCCCCGACCAGGCCUACGACUUCCUGCUCAAGUUCCUGCUGGUGGGCGACAGCGACGUGGGCAAGGGUGAGAUCCUGGAGAGCCUGCAGGACGGCACGGCCGAGUCCCCAUACAGCCACCUGGGGGGAAUCGACUACAAGACGACCACCAUCCUGCUGGACGGCCAGCGGGUGAAGCUGAAGCUCUGGGAUACGUCGGGGCAGGGAAGAUUUUGUACCAUAUUCCGCUCCUACUCUCGUGGUGCACAAGGAGUGAUCCUGGUCUACGACAUUGCAAACCGCUGGUCUUUCGAGGGUAUGGAUCGAUGGAUUAAGAAGAUCGAUGAGCAUGCCCCUGGUGUCCCUAAAAUCCUGGUGGGGAAUCGCCUACAUCUGGCAUUCAAGAGGCAGGUGCCCAGGGAGCAGGCCCAGGCCUAUGCUGAGCGCCUGGGCGUGACCUUCUUUGAGGUCAGCCCUCUAUGUAAUUUCAACAUCAUAGAGUCUUUCACGGAGCUGGCCAGGAUCGUGCUGCUGCGGCACAGGUUGAACUGGCUCGGGAGGCCGAGCAAGGUACUGAGCUUGCAAGACCUCUGCUGCCGCACCAUCGUGUCUUGCACGCCUGUGCAUCUGGUAGACAAGCUCCCGCUCCCCAUUGCCUUAAGAAGCCACCUCAAGUCCUUCUCCAUGGCUAAGGGCCUGAAUGCCAGGAUGAUGCGAGGCCUCUCCUACUCCCUCACCACCAGCUCCACCCACAAAAGGAGCAGCCUCUGCAAAGUGAAGAUCGUCUGCCCACCCCAGAGCCCACCCAAAAACUGCACCAGAAACAACUGCAAAAUUUCUUAAGGAAGGCACCAAAAGGAAACAAGCUGGAAUCGCUCCAGGAAGAACUCUGGUUACACCUGGAAGAGGGAAGAUGCAUUCCAGAUUCAAAGAAAUAACGUUUUCAGUUUCUCAUGGGAACAGUGCUGCUUGGGAAUGUGUGUGAUGCCUUCUGUCGAUAAAAGCACUUUAUGCAGUUUGACUUUGAAUUUCUACAUGGAUGUGCAUGUGUUUAUAAAGGGAAAAUUAGUACUCUGCUCAACUCUUGAUAACAUGAAAUUUUGAAUGUUACUUAUAAUCACACUGCAUCUUUUUCCUUAACUGCUUUUGUAAGAAUGGUGAUAUGGCAGUGAUGAGUAUAAAUUCAAGGAAAUUUGAGAUGCAAUGAUAGUGAGAUCAUUCUGAGUCAUUGAUAUUACAAGAGGGGCCUUUUUGUAUACUUCCUUUUUGAUGUCAAAGCACCAAUUUAUAAAACACUGCAGAUGCAUAUAGAGAUUAUAUGUAACAGAUCUGUCCAGUUUGUGCACGAAAUGGAUUUGAUAAAGUUUUUGCUAUGUUAUUUUACUACAUUUGGGGAUUAAUAAGUGAUUUAUAUGUGUGUUUUUCUGUAAAUUUACUUUUUUGUACAAGAUGUUUUACAAGAUAUGAAGCUAAGGGAAGAAAAUGCCAAAGAUAUCUCUAGUUAUGUUGAACAUAGCCAACAUGGUUUCAAUGGGUCAGUAAGAAAAAAGCCAUUUCAGUAAGGAAUGAAAUAAGUACUUAUUUAAGAAAAUGUUUCUUAACAAUAAAAAGUAUAUAUUUUUAUCUUUUGCUAAAAUGAAAAGAAAAAGAAAAAUAUGUAUAAUGUAACCCUGCAAGAUGAGGCUUUGCAGAAAAACAAUGCAAUAGAACAUGGGGGGCCAGGCCCAUUAUAAGGCCUUAGGUGAGUCAUUUCCCCUGUGCUGGCCAGUUUUGGUUAACACCUCUCAGAUCUAUAUAGAGGUUAAUGAGAUCACAUCUGAGAAAGCACUUCUGAGACCUUAGAUGGGAAGGAAGGAGAAGUGAUUUCCAUGUAAUUACUUUCCGAUUCACACUGUGGAUUAUUAUAGUAAUCAAUAUUGGAUAAACUGAUUAAAUGUAAGUCCUUGUACUCUUUUGUAAUUGAAUGACCAUUUAUUUGUGCAUUGUCAUAGGGUGGUUGUAACAUAAAGUCCCACAGAAGGGCAGUAUCUCUGGCCUCAGGGAGCCAUGGGGACUCACCCUUCCUGAACGCUGGUACUUUUCUAUCUCAUGAAUUUCUCACAACAUUCCUGGGAGGUAGAGGAUAUAAUCUCUACACCAUCCUGUAGCUGAAGAAACAGUGAUGUUUGCAGGUUAAGCAAUCUGGCUGGGGAGCAUCCUGCCACUAAGUGGAAAAGCAGAGACCUGCACCCUAUAUGCCCCCAGGCAGACUGAUGCUGAGCUGCACAUCACACCAUAACCAAGUAAAUCUUGCUUUCCUGCUGACCCAGGUCACUACUGAAAUCUGUAUCUUCAGCUCUGAAGCCAAGCUCCCAGUUCUGUCUCUCUUCUGAAAGACAGAGAGCCUUGUCAGACCUAAGUUUCCUACUCUGUAGUCAAGGGAGUGUGUCUGGGCCAGUACUUUAGAAACUGGAGUCUGCAGACAGUUCCUGUGUCAGGAAGAAUAUGCACUCUCAGAGGGGCAGGGGUCAUGCUGAGGGUGAAUACUUGAAGGAGCAGUCCCCAAACACAUGCAGAUGGGGGAUACAUAGAGUCUUUAAUAGAAAUUACCAAAUCAACCUGGAAAGAGGUUGUACUAAGUGACAUCCCCACCACCAAUAUGAAACAGGGUAGACUUCCCCGCAUGCCCACCUUACUGGAAUCCUGAAUGGUUUCUUUUUAUAUUUGGAUGACAUGACAGGUGGAAAUUCUUUCAUUGUCAUUAUAUUUAAUUUGAUGUUCAGAUAACUUUAAAAAUUCCCUAGUAUACAAAAUGAUCUGAUAAUAAUCAUUGCAUUAUAUUUUUAUUGCAAAAUGGUCCAUUUUCAUAUGUAGCCUAAAAACAAUGAGCAACAGGCACAUGAGCCUGCACGUUCUAGAGCUACUGCUGGCAUUACAUUUCCAGGGUGUGUGUGUGGCCUCUGGGUGCUUCUAAUGACACUGUUUUCAUAGAAGGGGAUUAAGAAUGUCUCUCCAUGACAUUGGUUGAGUUCAAGUUCGGAGAGGAUCUGGAUCUGCACUUUGUGGAUUCUUUUUGAAUGACACAAGAGCUGGACCACAACACGCCUCUGAGCAGGCUGUAAUCUUUUCCCCAUUGUGGAAAGCAAGCCUGUCUGAGACCUCACCUGUUCAAGUCAGGGUGGAUCACUCCAGGAUGUAAGGUGUGGAAGUCGGCCUAAAUCUGCUUCUGAACACUGAAGCUGGGUGCUCCCAUCUUGCUGCCAUCAGUUGCAGAGACCUGCAAAACUGCCUGCUCUCAGCCACCAAUGCCACAGAUUCAGUCACCUGUGUGAGAACUCUGUCCUGAGAGAGAAAAUACCAUAAAUUACCAGCAGCUGUUUGACAUAUCUUCCUUCCAUCCAUCCAUCCAUCCUUCCAUCCAUCCAUCCAUCCAUCCAUCCAUCCCUCCCUCCCUCCCUCCCUACAGUUAAUAGACAUUAAGGCCAAACUCUACACAAUCCCUUUUGUGAAGUUUUAGCUUCCCCAGAAUAGAAAGAAGAAAGUGAAGUGUGGAAAUAGGGGCGUGAUGAAUUCAGUUUGUAGAUCUAAAAAGAGAUGGCCCCUUCCUCUUAAUAUUCAAUGUGACAGAGUCUCUUAUCAUUGAUAAUUUUAAAACAUAAUUUAAUACCCUGGACCCCUCUUUACAUCCACAGUUACAGUUCUCUUUACAUAUAUUCUCUCCAUUGCAACCAAAGUUCUAUGAAGAAUUCUCAAUACUCAACUCACAUUCCUCCACCUCAGUCCUCAUUGCUCAUCUAAUGGUGCUUUGUUCCCCCACCCCGCCACUGAAAUGCAACCCGCCAAGGUCUAUAGCCACUUCUUUUUUCACAUUUAUAGAUCAAGAAUGUUGAAAUAAACAUCCUAAUGUUUUCAUCUGUA